GAGCACAGUAGCAAUAGGGCCGGCGCGCGCGCAGGUGCAUCGCACAUACAUACAAAAUUACAGAACCGGUAUGAGGCAUCAGGCGCUGAUUGUGGCCCUCGGGCUGUUCGCCGCGGCGCAGUGUGCCCCUCCAGGGAAACCUACACUCGGGUGGGGAGAGCGAACCUUCGCGAUUGUAGAAGUCAACCAAGCCGCGACGGCUUACAACCAAUUGGUGACGAGGAAGGAUGCAGCUGACGUCACAGUCAGCUGGAACGUGUGGUCUGGAGACUCAGCCGAAACAGCCAAGGUGCUUCUCGAUGGAAAGGAAUACUGGUCCGGCCCGUCAAGUGCGUCAGCGACUGCUACAUUCAAAGUCAAGAAGGGUGGUCGUUAUAAGAUGCAAGUAGAGCUAUGUAAUCCUGAUGGUUGCAGCUCCAGCGAUCCUACUGAAAUUAUCGUAGCUGAUACAGAUGGUAGCCACUUACCGCCUUUAGAUUAUACGAUUGAUGAGAAGCACAAGCCAUUCAAGCAGACAUCUGGAAAAGUUGUUGGCGCGUACUUCGUUGAAUGGGGUGUAUACCCAAGAAAGUACCCUGUUGACCGCGUACCUAUUCCCAAUCUUACUCAUCUGCUCUACGGUUUCAUUCCAAUUUGUGGUGGUGAUGGCAUCAACGACAGUUUAAAGGAAAUUGAAGGAAGUUUCCAAGCGUUACAACGUUCGUGCAGCGGCCGUGAAGACUUCAAAGUGUCGAUUCACGAUCCUUGGGCUGCUUUACAGAAGCCACAGAAGGGUCUCUCAUCAUGGAAUGAACCCUACAAAGGCAACUUUGGCCAAUUGAUGUCAUUGAAACAAGCUAGACCAGACUUGAAGAUUCUGCCAUCCAUCGGUGGAUGGACACUCGCUGAUCCGUUCUUCUUCUUCGACGACCAAGUUAAAAGACACCGUUUCAUCGCUUCAGUGAAGGACUUCCUCCAGACAUGGAAGUUCUUUGACGGUGUUGAUAUCGACUGGGAAUUCCCUGGAGGUAAGGGAGCUAAUCCUGACCUCGGUAGCCCUAAAGAUGGUGAUGUAUACGUUACAUUGAUGAAGGAGCUCCGUGAAAUGUUAGACGAGUUGUCCGCUGAAACCGGCAGGAAGUACGAACUGACAUCAGCUAUCAGCGCUGGUUGGGACAAGAUCCAAGUGAUCGACUACAAAGCCGCUCAAACCUACAUGGACCACAUUUUCCUUAUGAGCUACGACUUCAAAGGCGCCUGGUCAAACGACACCUUAGGUCAUCAAACUGCAUUGUACGCGCCUGCAUGGAAUCCCAAAGAAACUUACACAACCGACUUCGGUGUGCAAUUUUUAUUAGCCCAAGGUGUUCACCCCAAGAAGAUUGUUGUAGGUGUCGCUAUGUACGGUCGUGGGUGGACCGGAGUACAUAAUUACACGGACAAUAACCCCUUCACUGGAAUCGCGACUGGACCCUGCAAAGGUACAUGGCAGGACGGUGUGGUUGAUUACAGAGAAAUCGCCACCGAAAUUGCUCAAGGUAAAUGGGAGUUCCACUAUGACAAUGUAGCCCAAGCACCAUACGUAUUUAGGCCUUCAACAGGGGACCUAAUAACAUACGAUAACGCGAGGUCAGUUACAGAAAAAGGCAAAUACGUUAGGAAGAACUAUUUGGGCGGUUUAUUCGCGUGGGAAAUCGACGCAGAUAAUGGUGACAUUUUGAACAGUAUGAACAUGGCUCUCGGCAACACCCCCGCCUAAAUGUUGUAAAAUUGUGUUCCAAUAAUGUGAUUAUAAUUCUAAGUUUGGUUUAAGCUAGGCCUCAAGUAGAUUGUAACUGUAUGGAUACGUUAUUUAAAAAUACAGACUGAUUAAAAUUA